CAAACAUAAAAUCUUCUAUUUUAAACGCACAUAUAUCUCGAAUCACUUUUUAACUAGUGGCGUGACCAAAAAUUCGAUAGAAGGGUACCUCAGUCUCGAAAAUGUUUUCCUAUCAUGAAAUAAUAUACGGGUGACAGUGUUUUAUAGGCGAUUAGUACAUUUCGAUGAAAUUAAUUCGAUGAAAUAAUUUUCGAUACCACACAUUGUCUAUCGCUCUUAGUAUGCUUCAUUUCCGACAAAAAAAAAUAGAUUGAAAUGAUGAAAAAAUACUGUGAAAACGGCAAUGUCGAUGAAAAAGUAUCUCGCAAAUGAAGUUCCAAAUGUCAGGUAGCUAUUGGCGCCUUUCAUUUCGUCUAUUUUAUGUUGUGUCAGAAAUAGAAUCAAGUCGGUUUUGUUCGAUUUUGUUUGCUUAAUCACACACUAUUUUUCGAGUUAAAUGUGUUUAUAACGAAAAAUUAUUUUUUCAUUUUUCUGUUAGUUUCUUUUCGUUUCUUCAGAAUUAGAAAAAUUGCUUUCAUUUUAUUACUUAAAUGAGAAUCCCGAUUGCGAAGAUAUUAUAUCAUGACAAUAUAAAUUGAAUACAACGCAUUAAAAAUUCUUCUGGAAGCAAGUAUUACAGACAAAAUAUUAUUUAAUUAGUCCUAAAUCACUAUAAACUUUAAUAGAAUAACUGAAACCUUUGAAUUGAACUAAUAUAGAUGGAAAUAUUUCUCACUACCUGGAUUAACUGAGUACGUUUUGAAAUUGAUGACUUUUUAUACGUUUUAAACCUCAAAAAUUAAUGUAUUUAGUGCAAUUUCUAGUUGAGACAUGUUAUUCUUCCUAUUUGAUCAGCUAAUUCAACUACCAUAAAUUUUUCUCAUUACGAGUGUGUUGAGUGUUUUGUUAAAGAGUGCGUUUUAUUCAAACAAAAGACAUGCUAAUAACAAACUGAUUUUCCUUGAGAUUUUUCACGUUAGAAAGCCAGACUGUUAACUCCAAAAUAAACAUCUAUUUUUUCCUGUAGAUAGAUCUUCAGCCGUCUUCAGCCUAUCCAACAUCUAGCUUCGUGACUCGCUUAAUGUACUGGACACAAAUUAGCAUGAUUGAUCUCACAAUUCGAGUCGAUCACUAGAUAUGAUUAGGCUAAUGCUACUUUUCUUGUACUUAUCAGAAUGGAGUCAUCAUAUCAGAUAUGUACCGAUAUGUACAAUGACGCAGUUAAUUAUCUAAACGUAAUAAUAUACGCUGCAUCUAUUCAUUGUUCCAAUAUUGCUAUAAUUUUUCUUCUAUUUAGCUAAUCGAAAAUUUCAACUGUUUACAAUUUGUUCCUCCAUUCGAUAGUUGUCAUGAUCAAAAUGAAAAUGCAUUAGAUCAGUCACCAUCACAAAUGAAACAUAACGGUCGUAGUCGAAAACGAAAAUGUUUCUUAGAUGACGAAGAACAACAGCAAUCGAACAGAGUGGACACUGAUGAGCAAACACAUUCUUAUUCGAAAAUGAUUAUUGAAGUAAGAGAGUAUCGUGCACUUACAAGCUGA